AUGUUGUCUUCGCAUAACCGCCGCCAAGCACAGCGCCGGCCGCGAUGCUCCCUUCUCACCGCCCCCGCGGCCCCGCGGACCCCGCGCUCUGUUGAUCCGAGCUUCGCCUUCUCUGCAUUCGAACUCACCUCUACUUUGAUCAUCAUGGAAUUCGACCCAAAGACACCUCAAUUCUUCACGUCAGACCGGUCGAGCUUUGCCUCGGUCUCGGCCAGCGACCGAUGGCCAGUCAUCAUUACGGGUGCCAUCGAUGAUCUCCACCGCACUGUGGGUGAGGUGAAAGAUGAAGCAAAGGCCAAGGAGGGCAAGAGUAUCAUCGAACACCUGGCCAAGCUCAAAUAUGAGUUACAGCACGACCGGGAAUUGACGCCCCUGGAUGACGAUGGCGAAACCGACAUUACAAGCUACAACCAGGAGCUGAGCGAGCGUGGCACCCCCAAAUGGCACAACGCGGCAUGGCUCUACUCCGAAUGCUAUCUCUAUCGCCGCAUUGAAACCUUUUUCGCACGAUCCCAACACUGGAAGGGAUACGAUGUCUUUGCCCGGCAAAAGAUGUCCACCUUCAAGUCCUCCCGUCCAGCCGUCCUGGAACUCGCGGCCCGGUACCGUGAAAUCGUACACGAGGCAGAAUCGGGUCAAUCAUCGGAGAGCAAAUCACCCGAGGAAAUUGAACAGGCCGAACGCAUUCUCUUUUCCGAGAUGUGUGAGAUCUGUCUGUGGGGCAACGCGACCGACCUGUCGCUUCUGACUUCUCUCACCUACGAGGACAUUCAGAAGUUGCAAGGCUCGCAGGCACGGAAAGCCUCGCAGAGCAACAUCCUUGUCAACGACAUCGAUGCCGCGUUUGCGACUAUGCAGCAGGCGCGCAAGUCCAAGAAGGACGGGGAGCGACGCGUCGAUAUCGUGCUGGAUAAUUCCGGAUUUGAGCUUUUUGUGGAUCUGAUCCUGGGCGGAUACCUGUUGUCCACUGGACUGGCAACCACGGUUGUUCUUCAUCCGAAGUGUCUCCCCUGGUUCGUGUCCGACGUCACGCCCAAGGACUUCUCCGAUCUGCUGAACUCGACGGCGGACCCGCAGGCGUUUUAUACGGCGGCUGACGAAACCGGCAAGACCUACCCCGCCCUGAGUGAGAAGGAGGUGGCCGAUGUUAAGUUCCUGUUUGACCAGUGGAGCCAGUUCCACCAGGAUGGCAAGUUGAUCAUCCGCCCACACCGGUUCUGGACGACGCAGGGAUGCUACUGGCGCAUGCCACACGUGGCCCCCGAUUUGUUUGAGGACUUGAAGGAGAGCGAGCUAGUCCUAUUCAAGGGUGACUUGAACUACCGGAAACUCACCAACGACGCUCAAUGGGACCCCACCACUCCCUUCACCACCGCUAUUGGCCCGAUGGGUCCCAAAUCGGGGAUCCGCGUCCUGGCUUUCCGGACCUGCAAGGCGGACACCGUCGUCGGCCUGCCUACCGGCGAAGACGAGCGGCUUCGCCAGCUGCCCAACGGAGGCGGCGCGGAUGCCCGCAAGUGGGCCUGGAGCGGCAAAUGGGCCGUGGUGUCAUUCUCUGAUGGUAAAGUUUAG